AUGUCAUUUAAACAGUCCCUCUUAUCACAAACACCUUCCAGCAUAACCCCAUCUCAGUUCUUGGCUGACUUGAUUUCGCAGCAUAGUAAUGAACAGAAAAAUGUGCUUGCAUUGUUAUUUGCCGAAAUCUUGGUUCCAGGAUCCCAACACAUUUCAUCUUCCACAUCCACAAAAACAACUGCAUUAACUCCUUCCACCCUACCAGAGGCUACGGCCAGAGGUUCACAAUUUAGAAGUUUGCUGAAAGGUUUAAAUAUUGAACAGUCUACGUGGGAUCAAAUUAUUGAGCUCAUCUUUGAAACAGAUGACUACUUUUCUGACGCAACAUCAAUUUCUCAGGUAACCGUUGCCUCCAUUUCACAAUUCUUAGCUUCAUUAGAACCCGAGAAUAUUGACAAAUUUUUAAGAUACGUUGCUCAUCAUAAGCUCAAAGAUCAUCCAUUUUUGUUUCAAAAGAACCUUCUUGUAUCCUUGUAUUCCUUGAACCCACAACAUGGUGCUAUAGAUUUAUUGUCCUGCCCAUUACAACCAGUGCUCGCCAAUGAACCAAACUCACGAAGAACUAUUAUAUGGUUCAAAUACAUUGCUGAGCUGGAAGUAUCACUUUUGGUCGAACUGAAAUCUAGACCAGCAACUGCAGAUGAGAAUCAAAUCAAUGAGAUCAUUGAGGAUUCUUACAAGACUGCCCCAGAAUACUUAGGUUUGGCGGCACUACACUUGUGGAAAGAAAAUAAGGACAAUAAUGCCGAUCCAGGAACUACCUUGGCAUAUUUGAAUCUUUGUCAUCACUUUAUCGUUCAGUUACUUGAUAUCAAUUCACCAUAUUUGAUAAUUUUGCUGACUGAGUUCAAAGAAAUUAGCGAGGAUGAACUUUCGUCGUUACUUGCAAACUACGUUUCAUUGAGACCUAAUGGUGCGAUCACUGUGGCAACUUAUGCUCUCCGUGACGGUGUACUUUCUUCCGUACUUAACAAAUUAUCAAAGUUUAAUGAUUGUUUAAGUGUUGCUAUUGAAGCCAGUAAUCUUGGUUGGAAUGGUCUAGAAAAAUUUGUUCAGAAUUUGUUAAGUAACAAUCCAAAGCAAGUCCAGAGUCAGCUGGUUGAUUUUUUGGAAGAGCAGUCCAGCUUUGAAUACCAAAGUUCUAACAAUGAAUCCAAUGCUCAAAUCAAGUCUCAUAGGUCGUUGUCAAUUCCUGUUGUCUACACUUUACUCAAGGCAAUCGAAGGACAAAAGCUGUCUGGAGAUUUGGUUGACAAAUUCAAGAAUGUCCAAGUUUCUGUUAUUCAAGCUUAUCCCAGACUGAUCAACUUUGGCCGUGGUCAUGACGAAGCCAUUCUGGCGAAUGGAAAUUCACACUCAUUCCCACCUUCAGUCGAGCAAGAAAUGAAGAGUUAUUACCAGAAAAUGUACCUGAAACAGUUGGAGAUUAAAUCCGUUAUUAAUUCAUUGAAGGCAUUCAAGGAUUCGGAUAAUCCUCAUGAACAAGACAUUUUUGCUUGCAUGAUCCACUCUUUACUCGACGAAUAUAGAUUCUUUCCAGAGUAUCCAAUCGAUGCGUUGGCAACCACUUCGGUACUUUUUGGUUCAACGAUAUAUUUUCAGUUGAUUGAAGGUACUACUUUAACAAUCGCUUUGCGAUACAUUUUGGAGAGUUGUCGCCAGCCACCAGAAGACAACAUGUUUAAGUUUGCUGUUCAGGCCUUAUACACCUUUAGGGAAAAGCUGGGCGAUUACAAGUCAUAUUGCGCACUUCUCUCGGAGGUCCCUUCUUUGAAGCAACAACCACAAAUUUAUGAGAUUCUUCAACAAGUCAUGAAUGGAACUUUUAGAGCUCCUCCCUCAAUCCCUUCCCAGGGAAUUGGGUCUGGCGAAAGACAACCUUCACAGGGAAAGCAGCCGUCAAAUGAUUCGUUGGUAGUGUCAAAGUUCAAGUCUCUUAAUUUGGCUGUAGAACUCCAGCGUAGAGACCAAGAGACACCAGAUGAAAACGUUUCUGAUCAUGUCCUGUUCCUCGUGAACAAUAUAACUGAAGAAAAUCUUUCUGCUAAAGUAGAAGAAAUGAAUAAGGUUUUGGAGCCUCAAUAUUUUGAAUGGUUUUCUAACUAUUUGGUCACCCAAAGAGUGAAAACAGAACCUAAUUACCAUUCACUUUAUUGUUCUUUGAUUUCUCGAUUGGAUAAUCUGCUAUUGGAUGCAUACAUUCUUAACCUCACAUUCAAAGAGAUUAUUCUCAUUUUGAAUAAGUGUUAUGAUGUCAAUGAUGAAAUUAGUGGUCCUGAGAGAACUCAUCUCAAGAAUUUAGGUUCUUGGUUAGGACUGAUCACCCUUACCAGAAACAGACCACUCAAGCACAGGAACUUAGCUCUGAAAAUGUUGGUCCUGGAAGCUUACGAUAAGAACAAGUUAGAAGUUGUUUUACCAUUAGUUUGUAAGAUUCUAGAUCAGGCCAAGAAUUCAAAGGUUUUCUUACCUCCCAAUCCGUGGACAGUGGGAAAUCUGAAACUGCUAAAAGAGCUUUACGACGUUGGUAAUUUGCCAUUAAAAUUGAAGUUUGAGAUUGAAGUACUGUAUAAUUCAUUGAACACGAAGUUGGGAGAUAUUGAAGCAGCCAACAUAAUUAGAACACAUCAACCGGCCGAUAUUGACCAGUUUGCGGUAGCUACGAACAUGAUGAAAGAAUUGACACUAUCUAAUGUUAAUCAAAUGAAGCAACAACAACAGCAGCAGCAGCAGCAGCAACAACAACAACAACAUCAGCAACAGCAACAACAGCAACAGCAACAACAACAGCAAUUCUUUUUGCAACAACAGGCUGCUUUGCAAGCUCAACAAGUUCAACAGCCCCAAAUACCAUUUGAUCCUCAAGCCAAUCCUGGAGUUAGUACAGCUACCCCAGCAGAUGAGAGUAACCAAUUGAAAGUGUUCUCCAAUUUGUUGGGAACGACGUCUUUUGUUACAAUUCCAACUCUAAAGUAUUUGUUUCAGGCAGCUUUAGCCCGAGCUGUAAAGGAGAUUUUACCCCUUGUAGUUGACAGGACAAACUUAAUUGCUCUGGUUACCACUAAGGCACUGGUUUCGAAGGAUUUUGCUCUAGAAUCGGAUGAAGCUAAAUUCCGAACGGCCUAUAUUAACCAGGUCAGCUAUCUGACGGAGUCAUUAAGUUUGGCUUCUUGUCGUGAUCCACUAAGGGAGAGCAUCCAAAUGAACGCGCUCCAGAUCGCCAACACCAUGCCCAAUAUUGAUAGCACACUUUUUGAAGAACUGCCUCAAGCAAUUACGGAUAAUAUCGAUUUGGCCUCAACGAUUAUUCAGAAAGCUGCUGUGGAACGUGCAAUUCAGGACAUUGACGAAUUAAUGGCACCUCAGCUGGCUAUUCGUCGCCAGCAUAGGGAGUUAAAACCUAAUCAACAAUUCAUUGAUCCUACUAUGAGGUCAAGAUACCCAAUGCUUCUGCCUGUACCUUUGGGACUGAAAUCCGAUGGUGUCAUUCCAAAACAGUUCAUGAUAUACGAAAACUUUGGUAAGAACAGAAUUGUUUCUCCUAUGCAACAGCCUGAACAUUUGCAAAACAUAAACAGCCAACUAAAUCCUUCCUUACGUCAAGGAGCCCAACAGCCUUUGGUUCCACCUGGAGUUGCUGAGCAAAUGAAACAGCAAAUGCCCCCGGCAUUACCAGGCCAAGGAGGCGCCGUUUCACUGGAGCAAACCUUUAUGUUUUUGCAACAAUUAGUUGACUCUGUGAUUAACCUGACCCGUGAUGCUCCUGAAAAGCUUAUUUCAGAAGUCAACACCGAUAGUGUUGUGGUAACAGUACUAGGAGAAAUAUUGCAGACUUGUAUUGGAGCUACUGUAACAGAUUCACUCAUUCUCAAGAUAUCUCAGUACGUCAUGAACAUGCUGUUUGUCCGGACCAACUCAUCAUUGACUCAAAACACGUUGGUGUUUUUGUUGGACAAGUUGUGUGAGUUAUCGCCUUUUACAGCCAAGGAUAUUAGUUGGUGGUUAGUCCAUGCUGAGGAUGAAAGAAAGUAUAACAAGAAUGUCAUGAGAGAUUUGAUUCUGUUGGGAUUGGUUCCGUUAGCUGAACUUGAUCGGUCGUUGGCAAUUCAAAUAGAAAAGAAAAAUGUUAAGGCCGUUCUCUUUACAAUCUAUUUGAUUCAUGACUCCAUCCUCAGUGAGGACCCAAUUGCAUUACGUGCAGACCUUAUAAACAGUAUAGAGGCCCUUCAAGUCCUUGCUCAUGAACCAUCAGAGAUCGGCAGAAAGGCCUACAUGUCUAUCUCAAGGCUAAAAGCAAUCGUCAAAAGCAAUUCAAUUCAGAUUUUCAAGAUGUUCGGAACCUCCACAAUAUCUAAAAAACAAUACAUGAGCUAUGUAUUUGCUGAAUGGGUUAAGUUGGUUCAAUAUUCGAGAGUGAACAGAGUAUUAGAAGACUUCAUAUGGCAAUUAGUUGAUGACGGUAUUGUGAACAACAGUGAAAAUCUAUCUCUCUUGAUCACGACUGCCACCGAAAUGUCUGUUGCUGCUUUUUCCAAAGAAGCAGACCCAAGUAAGAAGUUGCACAUUGAGACGUAUGCUCCCGCGGACGCACUCGCUUUGUUGUUGGUUAAACUUUUGCUUAUGCAAGAGGAUUCUACUGGAGUUGAGAGAAAGACCUUUUUCAAUUCUAUGUUAGCUGUUAUAGUUCUUGCCUUUGCAAGCGACCAUAACAAUAACAGUACUAGUUUCAAUGAAAGACCUUAUUUCAGAAUUUUCUCAUCGCUGUUUUCGUACUGGCUAAGCGCUAGACACGAAUUCGAAGAUGGUGACGAUGAAUCGCUGAAGACAUUUAAUUCGGAGCUCUAUCUCAUUUUAGCUCAGAACUUGAUGGUAAUGCAGCCAAGUUCAUUUCCGGGCUUCACUUUUGCAUGGAUUUCUUUGAUUUCUCAUAGAAUGUUCAUGCCGAUGAUCUUGGAAGUACCUGAAAAUAAGGGAUGGGGUCGAUUUGUGAAUCUGUUACAAUGUUUACUAUCAUUUCAACUUCAUUAUGUCGAUAGUGAGAAGAUCAGUGACGUAGUGAAUGUUGUUUACAAAGGAACUCUGCGAAUCAUUGCCCUGUUGUCGCACGAUUUUCCUGAUCUAUUGGUUCAAUAUCAUUACCAAUUGAUAAGUUCAACUCCUGAAUCUUAUGUCCAAUUAAAAAAUAUUAUAUCAUCAGCCUAUCCUAAGGGAAUAACUGUACCCAAUCCAUUUCAACAAGGAUUAAAAGUUGACAGGCUAGAAGAAAUCAAGCAAGAACCUCCAAUUGGCUAUCACCCCGAGUCAGAUUUAACAGCCAAAGGCCUCAAGAAGCCCGUCGAAAGCUACCUGCGUAUUCCUUCGCAGUCAUUAUUGAAAACCAUCUCAACUGGCCUAAGCGUUGCUGAGCCCAGAAAUGGGAAAAGUAAGUAUGAUGCUGGUCUAGUCAAUGCUGUAGUAUUCUUUGUGGGAAUCGCAGCAGUUGAAGAACAAAAGUCAUUCCGCGAUGGUUCUUCCUUUGAUUCUACCUCCAAUCAUGUGAUGCUGUUGUCAUCUUUGAUCAAGGACGGGGAUGUUGAGUUACAGAAUUUAAUCUUAACAGCAAUUGCCAACCAAUUGAGGUAUCCCAACUCGCACACGCAUUGGUUUAGUUGCAUUUUGUUGCAUUUUGUGGGAUCAGCUACUCUAUGGGGAGAUCAAAGAGAGGCUAUAAAGUUCAAUAUUAGCUGUGUAUUGACAAAGAGAGCAAUGUCAUAUAACCCCAUCCCAUGGGGUAUAUUAGUGACGUUCCUGGAGUUGGUCAGCAACAGUGAGUAUGAGAUAUUCUCUUCCCCAUUUAUCAAAGGUGAUGCCACGCUGGAAAGAUUGUUUGGCACACUGCAACACCAUGUGAGGAACCAAAAACCCAUUGAUGAACAACCGGAACCGCUGAAGUUGUAG